AAGCCAUUCAACAUUUUCGGUACAUUUUAGGUUAUGUUUACAAUAAAUCAUAUGCACCGCUCUGCAAAAAUAUUAGAAAAUGGAAAAAGCCAAGUUAUUAUUAAAAGAAGCCCGAGAGGCUAUAAAAAAUAAAGACUACGAACGGGCAAUGAAAUACGUCCAAUCGGUUUUAAAAGAAGAUAAGUACAAUUAUAUGGCAUUGGUGUUCUUAGGUCUAUGUUUACAAGAAUUAGGACCGGUCCAACAGGCUUCUAAGGCUUUCCAAAAGGCUGCCGAGCUUAAUCCCAAAAAUCCAUUGGCUUGGAACGGUCUGGUAAAUUACUACGAAAAAAUACAGACUGAAGAAGCUAACGAUAAGUUAGUAGAAUUGUAUAUUUCUGCUUUAGAGGUUGAAACCAAUCCUAAAAAAAUUACUGAGUAUUCUGAGAAGCUGAGCAAACUUCACGAAAGGGGCGAUAUCACAAAAAUUACAACAACCAUUUUCAAUUCUGCUAGUAAAGCGGAAAAUAGCGCUGUGGAAAUUUUCGAAACGUUGGCAAAACUUUACGAAACUGUAAAACAAAUUCCCAAUGAAUUGCAACCGAUAUUCGAGGAAUGUUUGUGCAAACUAUUAAGUUUAAGGGAACACAUGAAAGUGGAAUACUUUUCGUCAUACCUGAAUGCGUUAUAUCAGCAAAAUAAAUAUUUAGAGGUAUUUGAAACUGCAGAAAAAAUGGGUAAGUUAUUCGAAAGUAAUACAGUCUCGUUGAUAUGGAUUUGUAAGAUUUAUAAUCAGACUUUUGUGGAAGAAUCAAAUUUGAUAGAGAAAUUUAAUGAUAAAAUUGAUGAAUAUUUAACAAAGUUAUUAGAUUUAGAACCUAAAAAUUUAAUGGGUUUAUUUACAAAAAGCAUUCGAUUAUUUUUAAAUAAUAAAUUUGUGGAAAGUAGAGAUAUUCUAGAAGAAGUGACUACAUUAAGGCCAGGUUUAGUACAUGCCUGGGUAUUUUUAACAAAAGUUUAUUUAAAAUUAAAUCAAUAUGAAGAUGCUUUACAGAGUUUUUCGAAUGCCAACAAACUUCUUAAUUCUGGCAAAUAUACAAAUUUAAUUUUACAAAAAGUAUUAGACAAUCUUAAUUUGCAAAUAUUAUCGAAAUCUCCAAAUGAAGAAGAUUUGAACAAAGCCAUCAAUAUGUAUUCAAAAAUUGAAGAUAAAAAAGUAAGAGAUCUCCAUACAGAGCACAUCAUUUUAAUUUACAUCAAUUUAAAAAAGUUUGAUGAAGCGAAAUUAUUAAUAUCAGAUUUAAAGAAUGUAGACAAGUUGAAAUCUACAUUUCUAGAAGCAAAAUUAUUGCAAAAACAAAAUAAAUAUAAAGAAUGUUUGAAGUUAUUAGAAAAGAAUCCACAAGAAAACUCUGAGUGGAUGCUUGAAAUAGGGCUAACCUACUGGUACUUAGAGGAUUAUAAAAAUGCCUUAAUACCAUGGCUAAAAGCUGCCAAAUACGACCCAAACAAUCAUUUGUGUUUCUUUUACCUAGGAAACUAUUAUAAAAAAAUCGGCGACUCUGAUAAAACCAGACGUUGUUACGAAAAAUCAUUUAAUCUAAACAAGUCUUCACCACAAGUAGCUACUGAACUAUGCAACAUCUACUGUAAAUUGAAAAACUGGGAAGGAGCUCAAAAUUUAUUACUCAGCCUAAUAGAAGGCCCUAUCAACGAAAAAAAUUGCUGGGCUUGGUCUCAAUUAGGUUUGACAUAUUUGGAGCAAGAAGAUUACUCCAAAGCGAUAGAAAAAUUGCAAUUUGUCGUUAGAAUAGACAAAGAGAAUACUUACUAUUGGCAAUGCUUGGCAGACGCUUACUUUGCACGAGGCUCUUAUACAUCAGCUUUGAAAUGCUAUGAGAAAUCAUUGGAAUUUACUGAAAAUACAUUGUAUCCUUCAUUACAAAAGGCUAAUAUUAAAAAAACCUUAGGCAUUUACAACGAAGCAAAUGAAGAAUUUAAGGAAAUUCUUCUAAACAACGAGCAAUAUCUUCCUGCUCUAAAAGGUUUAUCAGAAACUUGCAUCUGUCAAGCAUGGGAAUGCUACCGAGAUCAAAGACUUGGCACAGCUAGAGAUCAUGCUCAAUCCGCCUUAAAACAUUUAACAUUAGCAGUAAAAGAAAGAAACAAUUUUUCUUGCCUUUGGAAACUCAUCGGCGAUGCUUGCCUAUUUGUUACCAACUUACCUGAAAAAUAUUGCUGCCUUUUCGUCACAGACACUCUAAUGGAAGGCAAAAGGAUCAUAGAAAGAGAGGAUUUAUUCGCUUUGGCUACCAGUUCCUACUGUAAAGCCAUCGGUCUUACUGAGGAUAAUGUUUUAAUAUGGCAUGACUUAUCUAACUGCUACUUGAAGCAUGCCCUACACACCGAAGACAAAGAAAAAAGAAGCAUGCUGUUUGCGUAUGCGACUGCUGCAGCCAAACAUUGCUCCGCUUCAAACCCGAAGAACUGGCAACACUGGAAUUUGCUCGGCAACAUCGUAAUGUCUCAAGAUGAACGUAACUUGGCGCUAGCGCAGCACUACUUCAUUAAGGCCGUUACCGUGGAGAACAAUAAUCCGAUAUCAUGGUGUAAUUUGGGAAUUUUGUACCUUCUCAUGGGCGAUAUCAAGUUGGCCAAUAAGGCUUUCGCUCAAGGUCAAAGGUCGGAUCCUAAUUACGUCAAUAAUUGGAUAGGACAGGCGUUGAUAGCAGAAACUAUGGGCGUAGAAGAAGCAAUGGAUUUGUUUAGGCAUAGUGUCCAAUUGGGUCAUCACCAGCAGGGAGCGAUAGGAUACGGGCAUUGGGUCUGUCAGACAUUACUAGAAGCACCUAAAAAAACUAUAAGUUACUCUAUAGAAGGAAUGCAUGCCAUACCUGUAGCUUGCGAUGCUUUAACGUGGUACACAGAAAAAGAAGAAGACAAUGGAUGUGCCUGGAAUAUGCUAGGAAUUCUCAAAGAAAGAAUGAAGCUAAAUAAAGGCAGCUUAGAAGCCUUCAACAACUCCUUUAAACUGUCUUCAAAACAUCGAGAUCUAGCUCGAAUUAACUACGGACGACUUCUAUACAAGCAAGAGAAAUAUAUACCGGCCGUUAAAGUUUUCCAAGAGGUCCAAGAGGCCACCUUCAGCUCUGGCAGCGGUCUAGCCUUAGCACUGUUCAAAAGCCAAAGCUACGAAGAUUCGUACUCGGCGUACGAACAGGCUUUACAUUGGCUAACCGACGAGCAAACGCACCAAUCAGAGUUGUUGGUAGCCUUGGCUUCGAUGGCUUACAUGUUUCAAGGCGUUGAUGGAGCUAAAACGUUGUUAUUCCAGAGCAUCCAGUUGAAACCUCCUUCCCCUUGGGGCCUCUACGCGACCCUAGCUCUCGCGCUGAUCCACAAGGAUCUGGAAUUGGGUGAACUCGUUUUAAAGGAACUGGAACCGUUGAAGGAUAAUCAGGAUUGCUUACCGCAUUACGCUACAUUAUUAUGCACGAAGCUUUUAAGGCAGGAAAAUCCAGCUUUGGCUGUCAAAGAACUGUCAAAAUUAGUUCACAGGCAUCCCGAUAACGCGUCCGUUUGGUUGACUCUGGCCGUGACAGUUUUAAGAGUUAAAAGUGAAAGAAAACGCGCUUUGGCCGCUGUAAAAUGCGCUCAAAUCGCUCUAAAGAUUGGUCAAGCCAAAAUGGACAUUACCAAAGUGUUGGGUUACAUCGCUUUGGGGUAUAUGUUAGCGGGAGAUUUAAAAAACGCGCUGGUUUCUGCGCAAAAGGCCGUUUUUUGUUAUCCGAACUUGUCCGACGGAUGGGCGUUGCUCUUGUCCGUGUUGGUGAAAAAUGAGAAAAAAUGGUCGAAAGAUUUUAUAUCGGAUAUGUUUGCCUAUGUGAACGAUUUGAAUUCUUCAGAAUUGCUUGUGAAUUGGUUGAAGAAAUUGCGGAAAGGUAUCGACUGAAGUGGCUGUGAUGAUUUCGUUUUUUUUUUUAUAGACUUAAGGUUAUUUUCAAACGCAAUUAAUAUCUUAAUCGAUAUAAAUAAUAUAGCUUGAUUUAAUAAAUGUUUUCUUAUGAA